GCCAACAUGGCGAACGCACAACCAGCACAGGCGAGACCGUGGAAUCCGAACUUCAAACAUACAGACAGGGAGAGGUGGAUAUGUGUAUACCCAGCCUAUAUCAACAGCAGGAAAACUGUGAAAGAAGGAAGAAUUUUACCAAAAGAUGUUUGUGUAGAUAAUCCCCAGACCCUGGAGAUCAGAGAUGUACUAGGAACAAGUGGGCUUGUGAUUGGUGUAGAGAAUAAGGUUUACCCAAGGGAACUUGAUCAUCGUGACAUGAAGACGCGGGGUCGUGUGAGGGUGCAGCUCAGGGGGGAGAAUGGUGAACCCUUGAUGGAGAAAUUUCCUGAUCGUAAGGCUGUGCUUAAGUAUGCGUGUGAAAUGAUCCCCAAACUAAAGACUCGACAACAAUCUGGUAGUUCUACUCAAUCUCAGACUCAGCCAGCACAAGGUAGCAAGAGUCAGAAGAAAAAAGGAAGGAAGGGCAAGUGAGAAAUGGAUGUGUAUAGACGAUGUGAUAAAAGUACAGUUGGCUAAGGCAAUAACCAAGGCAGGACUAAGUAUCAAGAGAAUAGAAGUUCUUAUAACAUAACCAGUAGAAAGUAAGAGUGUGAUGUUUUCAUGUCAACCUGGUGUCAUUAGUCCAUAAAGGUGAUUGUCAUCAAAAAGUCAAACUCUAAUCUUGUACUGGUUGUAAUAAUGAAUGUGACUGUGAAGUCAUUGAAAUGUCACACUCUAAUCUUCUAGUGGUUGUGUCAUAAGAACUUCUAUUCUAUUGACGUUACCAACCUGAAGAUAUUGUUCCAAAAAAGCACUUUAUAUCAGACUUGAUAAACUAUGGUUGAUUCAGAUGAAUCGUCAUUAUAAUCAUCCGUUUAUGAACAUUCAUUGAUUGAAAAUUGGUCAUGGUCAUAUGGAUGUUUGUUGUCACUGGAAACUUUGUCAUACAUCAAACAUUCAUUGUCCUUUGAUUGAAAAUUGGUCAAGGUCAUAUGGUUGUUUGUUGUCACUGGAAACUUUGUCAUACAUCAAACAUUCAUUGUCCUAUGAUUGAAAAUUGGUCAUGGUCAUAUGGAUGUUUGUUGUGAUUGGUAUCGAAACAAGACACAUUGAUCCUCUUCACAAUCUUGGGGUGAAGUUCACUAUGAAGGAGGAUAUUUUAUUUAUGAGAGAAGAAUUGCGCGUCUGUUGGAAAAUGUGGUUGUAUGAAGGGUAAAUGUGUUUGGAUGGUAGAUACAAGUAUGAUGCAUGUAUAAUAUAACUAAGGAAUAUAAAAUUGAAUUAUCUACGAAAGUGUGUGAGAACCAAUCUGUGUACAUGUUCACAUUUCUCUGACUGAGAACCUGUCUGUGUACAUGUUCACAUCUCUCUGAGUGAGAACCUGUCUGUGUACAUGUUCACAUCUCUCUGAGUGAGAACCUGUCUGUGUACAUGUUCACAUCUCUCUGAGUGAGAACCUGUCUGUGUCCAUGUUCACAUCUCUCUGAGUGAGAACCUGUCUGUGUACAUGUUCACAUUUCUCUGAGUGAGAACCUGUCUGUGUACAUGUUCACAUCUCUCUGAAUGAGAACCUGUCUGUGUACAUGUUCACAUUUCUCUGAGUGAGAACCUGUCUGUGUACAUGUUCACAUCUCUCUGAGUGAGAACCUGUCUGUGUACAUGUUCACAUUUCUCUGAGUGAGAACCUGUCUGUGUACAUGUUCACAUUUCUCUGAAUGAGAACCUGUCUGUGUACAUGUUCACAUUUCUCUGAGUGAGAACCUGUGUACAUGUUCACAUCUCUCUGAGUGAGAACCUGUCUGUGUACAUGUUCACAUCUCUCUGAGUGAGAACCUGUCUGUGUACAUGUUCACAUUUCUCUGGAAUCACAAAAAUGCUGCAUUCUUAUUGUUUUGUUCUAUUUUUAUUUCCAAUCUUUUCCUUGUUCUGUCUUUAAGAAUAUACAUUGGUGCAAAAAUGUACUUUAUACAUUAAGAUAAAUGUAAUGAAAGCACAAUAAACAUUUCAACCAUCUCCAAUGUGUUCUUGUUAAUGUUUUCACUGUAAGUUUGAAAUUUCUAAUUAUUUUAGUGGUGUUUAUACAUGUGAUUCAAAUAAUUCAGACAUUUUAUCAACUUAUUUUAUAGCAAUGUCAACCGAGGCAAAAGUUGAUUAAGUUGGCAAACACAAGACUUGCCAAAUUUUUUCAAUUUGAUAUUAUUUCCCGAGAGUUUAAAUCCCCCUAACUCACCUGGGGGUGAAUGUUGUUUUUCUUUACCCUGCUUGCCUGAUAAAGUAUGCGUUUUUGUUGUCACAAUAUCAACAGCAGGAAAACGGGUAAAAAAUUUUACACACAGAAUCUAAAAGAUCAACAUCUACACAACCUUCCUCAGUAAAACAUCAACAAGCAGAUUUGGGACUUUGAAUCAUUUUUGAGGG